GGCGCCCAUAGAUUGGCUCUGUGGACAAACUUAUUGACAUCUAAAUAGCCGUCUCAAACCUGUCCGUUAAAAAUGUUUGUCCUACGUAGGACAGGGUCACAACUUUUAAAGACUUCGGCAUGCUAUUCGUGCAGUGCCAUAAGGUGUCAAGCGGAAAAGACAAAUGUCAGAGCAGGACCCAAAAUCUACACAAAGACAGGUGACAGAGGCACAUCGGCGUUGUUUACUGGGGAGAGACGUCACAAAGAUGACCAAGUAUUUGAGGCUCUUGGUACAACAGACGAGCUUACUUCUGCUCUGAGCUUGGCGCGGGAAUUCUCGGCUGAGGCAGGUCACAUGUUUGUGGAUCAGCUGGAAACAAUCCAGUGUAUCUUACAGGACGUAGGCUCCAGUAUAGCUACUCCAGCCAGCAGUGCCAGGGAAGCUCAUCUCAACCGUGCAGUGUUUGACAAGAUGUAUGUGUCAGAGCUAGAAAACUGGGUGGACCAAUACACAGAGGAACUACCUGAGCUUUCCGAGUUUAUUCUUCCCUCAGGAGGAAAGGCUGCCUGCUCCCUGCACUUAGCCAGAUCCAUCUGUCGCAGAGCAGAGAGGAAUGUGGCCCCAUUGGUCCGAGGUGCAGAGACAGACGCAGAAGUACUCAAAUUUUUAAACAGGCUGAGCGACUACCUAUUCACAGUAGCGAGGUAUGCGGCCAUGAUGGAAGGCAGACAGGAGAAGAUCUACAAACGGAUCUCACGGGAAGAUCUCCAUCCUGACAGCGAUGAGGACACAUGACAUCACAGGCUUUACCUCAGUUUAAUUUUGAAGAGAUAAAAACACCAAAUCUACAAGUAAAAAAUGGAUUUUGGAGAUGGAAAAAGAAACGUUGUACAGAGAUCAGAUUGCAUUGUCUGGGGUGUAUAUGAAAAUGUAAACAUGACAAUUACCUAAUCCUUCUAGUUUUGGGAACACUGCCCUUUUUAAUCAGUAUACGUGUAAUUGUAGAAGGAAUAGUUUCUUUAUUUUUUCAGGUGGUUAGUCCAUCUAAUGAAUAACAUAUACAUAUCUUCACUUUACAAGAAAGUGGGAGAACGUUCAACGUUACUAAUAUGUCCUAAAAAUGAGAAGAACUACGGUAAAACCCCUAAAUUUGGUCUGUGAUUUACUUGAAAGUUCUGGAGAGAAAUAAAGGAUCAUUUUGUUUAUUAUAAUAGUGGAUUUAGCUGUAGGAGGUGAAAAGUUGUAGAAAUUCAAGAGUCAUGGAGCUGUAACAUUAUAUUGGCUCAUGCAUUCUAUUAUUGUUUACCAAAAAUCGCCAUGAUAGGUUUUACAUGCGUUAAGUCUUGUAGUGUUUUCAUUUAAUGUGUGUGUAUAUUAUUCAGUUGUGUAUAUAGGUCUUAUAUUCUGGAGAUUUUGAUAUAAAGUUAUCCUGGAAUGACCCUCGGUGUUGAUACAGCUGAUCAGUUUAGCUGAGGUGUUGGUGGUGUUCUAAGUCUUCAACACACAAGUAUUAUACAAUUUGUACUUGUAACAGAAAGCAUUGCUUAAAUAUUGACUUUUUUUUUGAGCCAUGUGCAAUCGGGUAUAGGUGUUUGCAAAAUUUGAAACCCACAUGUAUUAGAUGAAGAGUUUAUACUGAAGAUUUUUGGUAAAAUAUACAUAUUUCCUAAUGGUAUCAAAUUUUCUGUAUGUUUAUUCACGAAGAAUAGCUCAUAUAAUUAAGUUUUGGUAAAUAUCAUAUUCAUACUUAAACUAUUUAUGGUCUUAAAAUUUAGAAAUUUAGAAAAGUUAAAAACUUUAAAAACUUUGUUAUCAAUUUUGAAUGGUAACACAUGUCCAGACAAGGCUGAUAUGUUGUAAAAUGUAAUUAUUUGGGCCAUAUAGAUUUGUCGGAUAUUUCGUGAAAUGUAAUUCUAAAAUAACAGCAAAAAUUAACUUAGAUUUGCAAGUAUCAAUUUUGAAAGAAACGACAUAGCUUCCAAGUUACAGUUCAAGUUGAAGAUUUGCAGCAUUUUGUUAAAUUUUUUCCUGUUAAAUUCCUGUAUUUUCCUGUUUUUCCUUUAUUAUAUUUUUUUUUUACAAAAACUUAUUUUAAACUUUUACUUUUUAAAAAAAAAAGAUAUUCAGAAAUGAGACUCUGCACAUAGGUUCACAAAAGACAGCGUAAACACCAAGUUCAACUUUGAACUGAUGGUAGCAAAAUUAUUAGCCAUUUUGUUGUGUAGCAGACUUUUGACAUUGCUAUUAACCUCAUGUCUCCAACUGAUUGGGGGCGGAGAUGUACAUGUAUUGCAAAAGCACAACUCCCAGAAGCAUUUUGUGAUGUAACUUCUAACAGAUCACAGAUCACGGUGGAAUAUAGCGAUCUUGUAGUUAGUGUUAAUAAAUAGUGUUCGUAGCUUUUAAGGUUCAGAUUCAUAGAAACGGAAAUGUAAGAAAGUGUUUCUCUCAGUCAGCAGUUAGAGUCAAUCAAUCCUUGGUGUAGUUCAGAACA